AUGCGUCUCCUACAUCUGCGAAGCGAUGUUCUCAGCCUGGUGGAGUUCCUGGGGAAAGACAUACCACGCUACGGCAUUCUUUCUCAUACGUGGGCUUCAGAUCUGGACGAGGUUUCCCUAAGAGAUAUCAACGACGGGGCCACUCUGAAGGACAUCACAGAUAGUAUAGACCGCAAAGCCGGUUAUACCAAGAUUAUCUUUUGCGCAAAGCAAGCCGCUAAAGAUGGUCUGGAGUAUUUCUGGGUUGAUACUUGCUGUAUCGACAAAUCGAGCAGCGCAGAGCUCUCAGAAGCUAUCAAUUCGAUGUUUCGCUGGUAUCAAGAAGCAGCCAAAUGCUACGUCUACUUGUCCGACGUUUCGAUCAAGGAUGGCCAUUCUUUCGAAGCCAGCCGAUGGUUCACUCGCGGAUGGACGCUACAGGAGCUUGUUGCCCCGAAGGUCAUCGGCUUCUACACUGUAGAGGGAGAGUUUAUCGGCGAUAAAUCCUCGCUGUUGCAAGAGAUAGAGCGUAUAACAAAGAUACCGCCACAGGUCCUGCAGGGUGGUGAUCUAUUCAAGAUGAGCGUCGAAGAGCGAUUAUCAAACGGAAUUGAUGGUGGAAUCCAGGCAGGCGGACCCAGGUGGGGCCCUCCCAGCGAGUAA